UUUUUUAAUCAGAGAGAGAGCGAGGGGAAAUCAAAAGAUUACGGACAUCUCAAUGAAGGAAAGAAGAGCGAGCCAGAAAUUAUCCAGCAAAUCGAUCAUGGACCCUAAUCAGAAUGUGAAGUGCAAAAUAGUGGUGGUGGGAGAUACGCAGUGUGGAAAGACGGCGUUGCUCCACGUCUUCGCCAAGGACUGCUUUCCCGAGAAUUAUGUGCCCACGGUGUUUGAGAACUACACCGCCAGUUUUGAAAUAGACACACAGAGGAUAGAGCUCAGUCUCUGGGACACUUCGGGGUCUCCUUAUUAUGAUAAUGUCCGCCCACUUUCCUAUCCAGAUUCUGAUGCCGUCUUAAUUUGCUUUGACAUUAGCCGUCCAGAAACUCUUGACAGUGUAUUGAAAAAGUGGAAAGGAGAAAUUCAAGAAUUUUGCCCCAACACCAAAAUGCUUUUGGUUGGCUGCAAGUCUGAUCUGCGCACAGAUGUUAGUACGCUUGUAGAGUUGUCCAAUCACAGACAGACACCAGUGUCAUAUGAUCAGGGUGCAAACAUGGCCAAACAGAUUGGAGCAGCCACUUAUAUUGAAUGCUCAGCCUUGCAGUCUGAAAACAGCGUACGAGACAUUUUUCAUGUGGCGACCCUAGCCUGUGUGAACAAAACUAAUAAAAAUGUUAAGCGGAACAAGUCGCAGAGGGCAACAAAACGAAUUUCACACAUGCCAGGCCGGCCAGAACUCACCACAGUCACCACAGAUCUGCGGAAGGACAAAGCAAAGAGCUGUACAGUGAUGUGAAGACUCAAGUUUCUCACUCAAGAUGGCCAAGGACCAUGUGUUUGGGGGGAUAGAUGACAACUCAACAAGAAGUGCCCAGUGAAAAUGGCCUAUUGUGUGGGCAUGCCAAUGCUUAAAGGCCACAGUUUCCCCUUAGUAGGCAAGAACUGUACUUGAGGGGUCAGUAUGUAGGGAAUCAGUGGGAAAAGAUGGAUCCUGAAGGGUUGUUGAAGCUACUUGGAUGAAAUACCAAAUAUGAGCGAAACUAUUUGAAUGUGCUAACAUGGCUAAAGGAUUAAGUAGCAUCCAAGAAAAUGAUGUUCUGGAGGAAGCUUUUUUCAGUCUAUUUUGAAUACCAACUUUGAGUCUGAUUACGUUCUAAACGAUACUCUCAGAUCUAAAGUCAAGAUUUUCCUACUCCUUUCAUUGUGAAUUUUGGCCUUGUGAUGCAGUUUUAGUUUUUUCCCAAAGAAUAUAUCUUUGCCUUUUAGUUGAACCUUAAAAAUAGGAAGAGUUAUUCUGGAGGACAAUGCUCUUAGACUUUAAAAAUAUAUGUUGUGUGAGAGGAUUAGAGUGAAGGGAGAAGUUAAAUACUUUUUUUCAGAUUGUUCAGAAGCUAUUAUUGUGAAAACACGGAUGGAUAAGGAAGAGGGUUUUAAGAAUCUCUUUUUCAGAGCAGAUCUUGGAUACGACAUCUUUCCCUUCAUGUUGACCAUCAUUUUGGAUAAUGGGCUGAAAAUUAAGUUGGAUUUCAGUGGCUUCUUCAGGAAUUGUAUACAACAAGAAUGGCAUAGACGGAAAA